GCCAAAAGCCGCCCCAACCCCACACCACCCCGCCCAAAUCCGGCCUCAAAACCCCCUCAGGCCUCGCCACUGACCGCAACAUGGCCUCAUCCGCAAAUCUCCGCCCGCCCGCCAACGCCACGGCGCCGGCGCACGUGACCGCGGCCUGGCCCAACGGCUCCUUCGAAACACCCGCCGGCUUGUUCGGCAGGCUUUCGCAAAGCAUCCUGCUUUUCGGCGACGCCGUGGCGGCCCAGAGCGCGCUGCUGGACGCCCGCAGUGUGCGCUGGGACCGCUUCGGCAGCAUUGCCGCGUACGCGUUUUCCGUGUACGGCAUCUCGACCUUUUUCGUGGCGCUCAUUCUCAACCGGACCGCGGCGAUCGCGUCGCUGGCCGGCGCCGGGACACGCGCGGCGCGCGGCGGCGGCCCGUGGUCGUUGUUGCGGCGGCUGCCGGUGCCGCAGGGCGUGGGCUUGGCGCUCUUGCGGCUCCUGGCCGUGGUGCUCCUAGCGCGGCAGGCGUGCAACGUGUUGGUGGCGCUCGGCGUGCACGGCCGCUUCGGCGACCCGCAGACCGCGUGCCGGCUUGCCCGGUGGGUGCCGCAGCGCUACUUCGCGUACGACCCGGCCGUGUACGCGCACGACAGAUACAUGCGCAUGCCGCGCGACGAGGUGGUGCUCGGGCCCACCACCGACAUGCUCUGGCCCGUGUUCCUCGCGGUCAGCUACUCGCUCGUGGUCGAGACCUUUGCCGCGGCCAUGGCGCGCGCGCCGCCGUUCCUCCAGGGCGGGCUCACGCUCUUCGAGCUCUCGCUCGCGCUCCAGGAGGCCAGCGCCGGCUUCCUCUUCCCCCGCGCCCACGUGGCCGCCCGGCGGCCCUCGGAGCAGGUCUUGGCCGUGUGUCUCUUUGCGCUCGCGGACCACGUCUGCAGCCACGCGGGCGCCGUGCUCUACGCGAACAGGUACCGCCUCGUGCCGCUGACCGUGCUCAGCGCGGUCUUCGUGUGGUACUUCUGCACGCACCUCCCGGGCGGCCGCGUGUUCGACAUGCCGCUGGAGAUCGCGCUCACGUACUUGGCGCUCGUGGCCACCUUGGCCGUCGUGGGCGUGUGCGCCGCGGUGCUUGUUCUCGCGGUGCUCACCAAGGGCGCCCGCGUGGACGAGCUCAACGUGGCGCAGUUCUUCGCCGACGCCCCGCGCGACGGCUCGCUGCUCGCAGACCACCUUGGCCUCAGCCUCUCGCAGGACUUCUACACCGCGGCCAUCAACUUGGGCAUGGUGGCCGUGACCCACGCGGGCAAGGCCAGCUACUUCCUGGCCUACAGCUACGUUCCCGCGCCGCGCCGCACCUGGGCCGAGCAGGGCUUGUGGGACCUGCUUGCGCACGCGCUCAGCGUGCCCGGGAACCCGGCCAGCGACCCGCACGGCGCCCUCCGCGGGCCCGCCGAGCCCCGCGUCUUGGGGUACGACAACGUCAUCAAGACCCCGCCCCAGCACUGGCUCAACGGCGCCGGCGGGGCCCCCGCCCGGGCCCCGCGCGUGAGCACCAUCAAGCUUCGCGUCCUCUUCGUCGCCGAGACCUGGUGGCGCUUUGGCCAGCUCGUGAAGUGGGGCGUCUUGCAUGUGCUCUACCACUCCCCGAAACAGUGGCUUGUGCGUCGCCUCAGCGCCCGCCGCGUGGCCCACGACGCUGGCCAAGGGCUCGUGCCGCGCAGCCGCGUCCCGCCUUUCGUCAGACACAUUCUCGAGACCGAAGAACGCCUCGCCGCUCUGGCCGCCCUGGCCGCCGAAAAACACACCGUCCAGGACUGGGACGAGAUCGACGAGUCGCCUGACUUCGCGCUCUCGGCGGACACCGACGACUCCGAGCUCGACUCGGAUGCAGAGCUCUCCGACGUCGCCUCCGUCUCGGCCCGUGGCCCACCUCGCGGCCCCUGCGAAGCGGCCUCGUCCGCGGUUGGUGAGCUCAUGACGCCCGACACCUUGAUCGAGCUCUGCGAAGACAGAGACGUCUUGCAGCACCAUCUCAAAUACAACUACGCCGAGCGCGGCAUCAUGACCCGGGCGCGCUACAGGGCCCUCGCUGCCAAGAACAUCGCCCAAACCCAGCACCAGGAGCUUCUCGCGCUCAUUGUGGCGCAGCGCAAGUCUCAGAUGGAAAGGGAAGAGCGGGCCACGCUGCAUGACGGGUACGACGACAUCGACCCGAGGAUGGCCUGCGUGAUUUGCCAAACCGAACCGCGGACCCUCAUCACUUGGCCGUGCAAAUGUCUCGCCAUCUGUGAAGGAUGCCGCGUCAGCCUCGUCGCCAAGGGAAUGAAAGGGUGUGUCUGCUGUCGCCAAGACGUGGAGGGCAUGAGCAGAAUCUUCUUGCCCUAGAAGCCAUGAGUCCAGGCAAACUGGGAUUGAGGCAUCUCAUCGGGCCUGCAACGGUGCUUGAGAUGUCUGCAACGGUGCUUUGAGUUUCUCGGGUCUUCUCUGCUCUUGGCAAGCUCCUACAAGUACUGUCGAGGCCAGUACAAGUGAUGUGAUCUACGGUUUCCCAUUCCUACAUGGCCUAAAAGAAAGUUUGUCUAGCAUCAAUAGAACUUCCCAAUCCAGGCGGUUCCAAGGGGAGUGCCCAGAAAGCGAGCAAAUAUAGGCUUGGUGCAGCACGGGCCUGUUU